UAUUUUUUUUUUCUCUCAGCCUCAUACAAGGAGCCCUUUAAGCCCCGGUACCGACACACAGAGCAGGCAUUCAUACACGGGCAACGCGAGCGAGGGGGCUGGGGAGCGAGCGUCACUUUGGGAACUCGGGAACUCACGGAUUCUCGUGCUAAACCGGCGACCUCCUUUUCUCAUUACUGAAGUCCUCGCUGCUGGAUAUCAAUCGUAGGAUAAACGGAGGAGAGAGUGACACCGGGUGAGUUUGGCGCAGACAGUUGUACAUUAGCAGGUAAACUGGGGUCCAAGGUGCGCACUGAGCCGCCUAUGAUACCAACAACGCGGAUGGAAAGAACUUUAAUGUGGAACCCUCACAGAGUUUUACAACGGAGGCUGAGAGUAGAGACAGACUGGCAGUUUAUAUUAUAACUUCGAGGAGGCCAGAGGGACAGAUCAGACAGCAGUCAGCCGACACUCCGUGCUUUACUGUAAGGAUAAAGGGGAAUAAAUACCCGACAGGUAGAGAUAAGCACUUAGGAAAGGGUCUUGCAUCAUCUGCGCACCUGGAGGCUUGUGUGAGUAGGAAGAUGUCCAGAGAGGAGCAGAGCCUUUCGGAGGUUGAGCUCAGUCCAGGGAUGUCGGACGACAGUCGCUCCUUGUCGCCGGGUCAUUCCUCCGGUGCGGCCGGCGGUGGGGACUCGCCUCUACACGGGCACCAGCAGCCCCAGCUGGCGGGUCUGGACGACUCGGCGGCGGGCUGCUCGUCCGUCAAAUCCGAUGAUGAGGACGACCGCUUCCCCGCAGAAAUCCGUGAUGCGGUGAGUCAGGUGCUCAACUGCUACGACUGGACCCUCGUGCCUAUGCCGGUGCGCGUGAACACCGGAAGCAAGAACAAGCCGCACGUAAAGAGGCCCAUGAACGCAUUCAUGGUGUGGGCGCAGGCGGCGAGGAGGAAACUGGCCGACCAACAUCCGCACCUGCACAAUGCGGAGCUCAGCAAGACCCUGGGGAAGCUCUGGAGGCUUCUUAAUGAAAGCGACAAGCGACCCUUUAUUGAGGAGGCAGAAAGGCUGAGGAAGCAGCACAAGAAGGACUAUCCCGACUACAAAUACCAGCCGCGACGUCGCAAGAACGGAAAGCCUGGUUCUGGAUCAGGAAGUGAAGCAGACGGCUAUUCGGAGGGUGAGGUCAGCCACAGCCAAUCCCACUACAAGGGCCUCCACCUGGAAGUGGUCCACAGUGGGGGAGCCGGGUCCCCUCUGGCAGAUGGGCACCACCCUCAUGCUGCAGGUCAGAGUCACAGUCCUCCCACACCUCCCACAACUCCCAAGACCGAGCCUCAGUCUGGUAAGGCAGGGGAUGGAAAACGGGAGGGUGCUGGGAAUGGGGGCUCCCGUGGCACAAUGGGAGCGGAGGGAAGCUCAGGUGCUCCGGGAUCUGGGAAACCACACAUCGACUUUGGUAAUGUGGACAUUGGUGAGAUGAGCCAUGAGGUGAUGGUCAACAUGGAACCUUUUGAUGUCAAUGAGUUUGACCAGUACCUUCCCCCCAAUGGGCACCCAGGGGUUGGGCAGAGCACUGGGGCAGUAGGAGCUGCAGCAGCUUCUCCAGCCUCUCCAUACACUUAUGGCAUCUCCUCAGCUCUGGCAGCGGCCAGUGGACACUCAGCAGCCUGGCUCACCAAGCAGCAGCAGCAGCCACAGCAACAUCAUGGCUCCCCUCUCGGCUCAGAUCCCUCCAAGACCCAGAUCAAGAGCGAAGCCGGGGGUGCUGGGGGUCACUUUGCAGAGGCAGCCUCAGCUGGUUCCCAUGUCACCUAUGCUCCCCUCAGCCUUCCUCACUACAGUUCUGCCUUCCCCUCACUGGCCUCUAGGGCCCAGUUUGCUGAAUAUGCUGACCACCAGGCCUCAGGGUCAUACUACGCCCACUCCAGCCAGGCCUCGGGAUUGUACUCUGCCUUCUCUUACAUGGGGCCCUCACAAAGACCCCUGUACACUGCCAUCACUGAUCCAGCCAAUGUACCGCAGUCACACAGCCCCACGCACUGGGAACAGCCCGUCUACACGACCCUGUCGCGGCCAUGACAGAUAACGAGACCAGAGGGCACUGGUGCAGGUUCAGCCCCCACGUCAGACCCAAGAAGCGGGAGCAAAAACAGCAAUGCUGGUUGUAGCAAUGGUGAAAGUGGUCUGGGCCAUGGGGAGUGGGCAGGCACCGGGGGAGUCGGCUGGGGAGGUGCGAACGGAGAAACGCAGCUCUGCUCUCGCCCAGAGGUAGAAAUGCUGUCACAGCUCAAGAAUGAGCUUGGGGUGUGGAGCUUUUAAAGCAUGGUCGAUUAUUUGGGGGUGUAGUAGUGCCACCGUGUAUUACUGUGGUAGUGCAGAGGAAAAACACCCACUCACCACCACUGCAGAGUUCUAGGUUAGAUUCACGGCAGCAAAACCUCCUGUGACAGAGUUCGUAAGUGAGGAAGGAUCAUGUCCAUGUCAGUUUGGUGACUCCACGUGCAUCAGAGGAGGCACACUGUAGUCUACACCUCCUACAAACCACAAGGGCUCAGUGGCAGCAGGGAUCAUGGUGCAUAUUGAUAAUAAGACACAACUUGAUCAGUAUUGCGGAGAGUGUGAUUGACAGGGAGCCAAAUUCAUUCUAUAUGAAUAUUUGUUUUUGUUUUGUACCAGAAGAAUGGAGUGCCAAACUAUCUGACUGAGGCACAUUCACUUCUCAGUCAAGGCUGACCUUUUAUCAAACAGUUGUUAGUUUUGUAUUGCUCUUCAAGAUCAAUACAACAAAUACUGCUAACGUUCUGUUGAUGUCUGAGGCACAUUUGUGCUCAUUUAGUUCACAUUACUAUGCUGUGUUUGCUUAAAAUUCCCUUUGUACACACAGUGAACGUGUGUGGGAGAUAAAUGCCGGAAACCAUGUUGAGGUUUUGUUUAGUGAAAUGUGUAUUACUCUGAAAACUAUUUUCAUGAUGACCAGCUAUUAUCAGGAUAGUUUUUCCAUGUACUUGAAAUGACAAACGUAUGUAUAUUGAUGCAUACAGAUUUGAGAUAUUUGUGAAAUGACCAAAGUUUUAGACCAAAACUCGUAAAGAAGAAACAGAUGUUUCUCCCAACGUGACACUGAAAACUACCUUACAUUUUAUCACUAAUUAGUUGUCUUUUAGCCUUUUCCACCAUUACUUAUUGUAGAUACUUCAAACAUAUUGCCUUUGUCACAAUGACACCGAUGAGUGUGAUGAUUUUCAUUAGAAUCUGACAUAUUCGUGAAGAACAUUCAUGAAAAAAGAUGUAUUUAUAAUUGGAUGAUCGAUUUGUACCACCAUGGUCACAGUGUGUCAUAGAAUACAUGUUAGAAACAUUUUCUUGUUUUAAUACUGUCAGUCGCUUUUUGCCAUUAUUAUCUCCACUGAAAGUCUGCACCACUGCCUUUUCUUCUCCUUAAUGUGUCAUUUAAAAUGUGUAUAUAGACCAGUGUUCAAUGUGAAAUGUCCUAUCAUUUUAUUAAAGAUGUGUAGCUUUUCUGAGACAGAUUCAACGCUGAGUUGCCGGAGAGUGAGCGAGUGAAGCUUCCAGGAGAUAAGUUUUAACACAGUGUAAUAUCAAAUAUAAAAUGUGCCUUGUCCUUAUAAUAACUGCUACUCACAUACAAAAGAGAGAAGAAACAGCCUGUAUUUUAUGUUAAAUCAUGUUAGUUAAUCUGUUUUUUCCAUGUUUUUCUCAUUCACGCUCUCUUUGUUCUUUAUGGUUUACACACGUCACCUCCUAAACAGAACUGUAUUAAGUAUGUUAAUCUCCAUCUGGGUAAGUGAAACAUUUUGAAAAAUUGCCAUUCAUUUAAUUUGCUUUGCUUCCAUGUAUAUCCUUUAAAUAUUCUUUAUCACCACUGGACAAGGAUCCAAACCAUAUGCAUGCAGCACUUCUUGUUUUAAUUCAUCCAUCUAAACUUAAAGCCCAUUUUUAUUUAGCCAUUAGUUAAUUUAUGUUAUUGUUGCUAUGUGUGAAAUGUCUGUAAUGUUGCUAUAAAUUUUACAUUUAUUAUUUAUAUUUGCUUGAUGUUUGUGUGCGCUGUUAUUGGUUUCUCUCCAUGGUGAAUAAAACCUUUGACUGUCACAGCCAUUUUAGUAUUUUGUAUUUUCCAUUCUUGUGUAACUGCUGCCAACACAACACAACUUCUAAAUAAC